UAUUAUCAUAUUUAUCUUUUCUUAGAUGGCUUUGAUAUGUAUAGGCUUGGUUUUUUUUCUUCUUGUAGGGAUUGAUUCGAUUGCAAUGGACAUGAAGGAUAAGAAACUAACGGUCAUAGGAACCGUGGAUCCCGUAAAUAUAGUGAGCAAACUGCGCAAAUAUUGGGCAUCAACAAGUAUGAUCUCAGUUGGGCCAGCAGAAGAACCUAAGAAGAAAGAAGAGCCGAAGAAGGAGGAACCCAAGGCCGAGGAAGCAAAGAAAGAGGAACCCAAGGAGGAACCCAAGAAAGAAGAAGAGAAGAAAGAGGAAAAGAAAGGAGAAGAGAAGAAAGAGGAAAAGAAAGAAGAAGAGAAAAAGAAAGAAGCACCUCCACCAGACCCUGUUUUAGAGCUUGUUAAGGCUUACAAAGCAUAUAAUCUCCACCUCGCCGCACAUAAUCCAUUCCACACCUCAUAUUACUACGUCCAACCAAUGGAGGAGAAUCCAAAUGCUUGUGCUAUUUUAUAAUUAAUGGGCCACCAAAAACUGAGUGAAAAGAUUAAAUCUUUUCUUUGUUUGGUAAAGGAGGCAAACACCCAAGAUUGGUAGGAGCUCUUGUACACAAAGAUGGUGAUGCUUCAUUGGUAUGCUUAGAAAUUAAUAAUGUGUAGAAAUAAGUUUUGGAAUUUGUUUUGAACACUAUAUAGUAUCUAUAUUUUUGGCACGUAAUGCUUUUUUUUGGAAAGUGUUACCUAGCUAAACUUUUUUCUCUUUUUUACUUUCCCCGUAUGAAAAGCCUUUUAUUUUCAAGGGCCAUGCCUAUGAGGACGAUGCUGUGGGACAAGGCAGCUGAAAAGGAACAAAGUGAGAGCACACUCACGGGUUUGAGAUUGAGAUUGAGAUUGAGAGCUCUCUUUAAAAUGUGUCAAGUUGUUUUUUUUUCACAUCUCGUGUCUUUCUCUGUGUUUUAUGCUACUAUAUGAAAUAAAAAGUGAUGGUUCUCAUA